AUGAAUGAAGAAGAGUUGAAAGGCAAGAACACACCCCAUGAUGUCGAAAGGCGUGAGUUGCAUUCUCCUCCAACCUACAUCCCUACAAUGAGAUUCGCUCAUGAUUUCGUAGAGUUUACUCGUGGAGAAGGUCUUAUCGAGCAAAUACAGUUCAAAGAUCUCCUGAUUCAAGGGGAGGGGGCAAGACAAAUGACAAAGCUGGAGACUAUAUCCGCGAGUUGGGUUAUAUGCGACAGCUGGGCUGGAAUAGCAGGCACAAUGUCUCUCGCAAUUGCCCAAGGUGGCCCUGUUACAUUGGUUUAUGGGCCCAUUCUUACGCUCAUCUUAGUUGGUGCCUGUGCUCUUACUCUGGCUGAGCUGGCUAGUGUUUAUCCUACUGCAGGCGGGCAAUACCACUGGACUUCUAUCUUGGCUCCCAAGUCCGUGAACCGCGCUUUAAGUUAUUGCUGUGGCAUGACAAACGUGUUCUCGUGGAUAGCCAUUUGCACUGGCAUUGCCAUCAUCCCCGCACAACUCAUCGUUGGCAUCGCCCUGUUCUACAAUCCAACUUACACCCCACAGGCAUGGCAUUAUUUCCUGAUCUAUCAAGCCAUCAAUGGACUUGUGUUAUUAUACAACAUAACCUUGCUGAAACGAUCACUAUGGAUUCAUGAUGUUGCUUUCUUUGCGACCCUGACCAGCUUCUUCGUCAUCACUAUUACAUGCGUCGCUCGAUCAUCUUCAAACUACCAACCCUCCGUCAGUGUCUGGGGAACAUUCAUUAACGAUAGUGGUUGGAGCUCUGGGGGUAUUGCCUUCUUGACCGGUCUAGUAACGCCAAACUACAUGUACGCCGGCAUCGACGGCGCAUUACAUUUGGCUGAAGAAUGUGAAAACGCAAGCACGGUGGUACCUCGGGCAUUGAUCAGCACAUUGCUUAUUGGAUUCGUAUCUUCAUUCACUUUCAUUAUUGCCAUGCUAUACUGCACUAAUGACUUGAGUACUGUGGUGACAUCCGCUACCGAGGUGCCUAUUUUCGAGAUGUGGUACCAGGCUACGCGGUCAGACGUAGCCGCAACGGUAUUUGUCGUUGUGCUUUGCUGCGCCGCCGUAUUCGCCCUCAUCGGUGCCCAACAAACCGCGUCUCGCCUAACAUGGUCGCUGGCCAGAGACCGUGCUAUUAUCGGCAGCAAAUGGCUCAGCGAAAUACACCCAAAGUUUGAAGUACCUGUAUGGGGCCUCAUCUUCAACUUUGUCAUCAUGUUCAUCAUCGGAUGUAUUUACUUGGGUUCUUCAUCUGCCUUUAAUGCGUUUAUUGGAAGUGGUCUCGUGCUCCAGCACAUUUCAUAUGCGAUUCCAGCCGCGCUUCUCAUGUAUCGCAAGCGCUCUGAGAUGUGGUUGCCUCGAGAUCGAACUUUUCGACUGCCGUCGGUGGCUGGGUGGAGUGUGAAUGCCAUCACAAUCGGAUUCGCGAUUCUUGUUGUGAUUUUCUAUGACUUCCCGACCGUUCUCCCAGUAACUAGCAGCAAUAUGAGUAAACUACACCUCGGCUGUACUAGCGGUGAUGGCCAUCUUUGCUGGAAUAAACUGGGGAAUUUAUGCUCGGAGAAAAUACAAUGGACCACGUUUUUGGGCAAACGAUGA